AUGGAGCCUGAGUCAAUUCCAGUGGAUGAUGGUGCAUCCGAGGCAUCCUCCCUCAAUACUAAUGAAGAAUCGCGAGAAGGAGUGGCAACACGGAAUAUUCGCAUAAAGAUGCAUCAGCGGGAUAAUCUCCUAACACGCUUGCGCUCGGUACACAUUGGAGUGCUUGAAGGCGAGUCACUUUCGCUUCGCCAACUCGCAGCAAAAUUGAGUUUGGUGGAACGACAAUAUACCGCACUUGACGCUCUACAAACUCAAUUAGAGGAGCUGGACGAGUCGCAGCUAGAAGCAGAGCAUCGCGUAGCACUUGAAGAGUCGUAUGUGGAAGCAAAAGCCGCAAUCCUUGACCAGAUGGAAGAGCUGCAGAGGAUUCAACCGUCCACCCAACUCAGCAGCACACAUGUAGAACGCUGCCCAACACACCGUAUAAACUUGCCGAAGCUGCAACUAACAAAGUUUAGCGGAAAACAAUCAGAGUGGCUUGAUUUUCACAAUGUAUUUACAACGUUAGUACACAAUAAUCGAGACCUAACCAACAUCGAACGAUUUCAAUACUUACGAUCUUGUCUAACGGAAGAAGCCUCGCGGUUAAUACAGUCGCUUGAAGUGACUAGCAACAACUACAGCACUGCGCUUGAUCUCCUCAUCACUCGCUUCAACAACAGCCGCUUAAUCUUUCAAUCCCACAUGCAACAGAUCUGCGAUCUAUCACAGCUUUCAUCAUCGAACCUCUCAUCGCUUCGCAACUUCAUUGACACAGUCAAUGUAAAUCUUCGGGCCAUGCAGUCUUUGGCAACCACGCAACAAGUCGGUGAGGCAAUCCUACUUCACCUAGUAUCAAGUAAAUUAGACCCGUCAACGCGUACAAAAUGGGAAGAAGAAGUUGCCGUAAAGUGGACCGCCACAAACUCAACACCCUUGCAGAUGCCUACUUGGACAGAUCUCGCCUCAUUCCUUGAACGUCGUUGUCAGACGUUUAAUAUGCUGGCGGCGAACAAACCAACCCCCGAACUGGCAUCGUCAUCUAAGAAAUAUGCAUCAAAAACUUUGGGCAGCAGAGGACAUUCACUUGUCACAACGAAUUCAACCACUAAGUGCCUCCUGUGUGGUACAAGUCCUCAUCAUAGCCCAUUCAACUGCGAACAAUUUAUGAAAUUGAGCCCUCAAGACCGGUUUCUUCGUGUCAAACGCCUUAACCUAUGUCUGAACUGUUUGGGUAAGAAUCACACGUCAAGUGUAUGCCCAUCUGUUCGCAGGUGCCAGCACUGCCGAGUGAGCCACCACACGUUGCUGCAUAGAACAUAUGGAGCGGGGGACUCAUCCAAUAACACCACUAACAUCGUAAAUAGUCCAGCAGUCGAGAACACCAAGCCGGUGGUUCUACAGGUCAAAGAGAGUUGCGGAGACGUCAUCUUAGCUACAGCACGUGUGUAUCUAUCGAAUUCAUCGGGAUACUCAACCAUCGUUCGUGCCCUCCUAGAUUCGGGGUCACAACUCAAUUUUGUGACCGAGCGGAUUGCACAGCACUUGCAUCUACCACGGGUCAAAGGAAGCAUCGAAGUUAUAGGCAUAGGUUCAACAUCUACAAAAAUGCAACAAACAAGUCAGUUAACAAUGAAAUCCCUUCACAUGGACUACUCAUCGAGUUUUGAGGCGGUAAUAAUCCCAACGAUAACAGCACAACAUCCAAACGUUCGAAUUUCCUCAAGCGCGUGCAAAAUACCAAACAACAUCAAACUUGCAGAUGAGAGUUUUCACGAGCCACAAGGAGUUGAUUGUCUAAUCGGUGCAGGGUUAUUCUUCGACCUGCUCCUUGUGGGUCAAAUUAAAGACGACAACAGGUCACCGAUCCUCCAGAAGACAAAAUUAGGGUGGAUCGUUUCAGGACCAAUUCCAUCCACGAAGUCAGCAUCUUCGCAGACUACAAUAUCAUCUUCAUCGCUUUCAUCAAAAAUAUCAUCGCUUCCUGCCUACAAGACGUUUAUAACAGUGGGUAAUAAUUUAACCCUAGACAAUCUGCUGCAAAAGUUUUGGACACUCGAAGGUUAUACUGAACCAGUUAAAAUGUUCUCAGAGGAAGAACAAGCCUGCGAACGGUUCUUCGAAGCAACAACAAGGCGGUGUCCAACCAGCAACAAAUUCUUUGUACGUUUGCCGUUUAAGGGAAACCCAGAAUCACUGGGCCAGUCAUAUGAAAUCGCGUUCAAAAGGUUAGUAGCACUGGAACAUAAACUACUAAGAAAUCCUUCAAUGUUAACGAAUUAUCGAGACUUCAUCCACGAGUAUGCAGAGUUAGGGCACAUGACACUGACAGAUAACUCAACACACAAUCGGUACUUCAUUCCGCACCACUGUGUCAUAAAGGCUGACAGCAGCACCACAAAGCUACGCGUCGUUUUUGAUGCAUCCUGCCAGACGUCAAAUGGGAGGUCAUUGAAUGACAUACUUAGAGUAGGUCCAACUCUACAAGAUGACAUUUUUACAAUCCUCGUUCGCUUUCGAAUCCAUAAGUAUGUUUUGAUGGCCGACAUUGCUAAAAUGUACAGGCAGGUAUUGGUCGACAACGCCGAUGCGAAUUGGCAGUGCAUUCUCUGGCGCAAUUCUCCGCUUGAUCCAGUAAAGGUAUAUCAACUAAAAACAGUGACGUAUGGAACCAGCUCCGCACCUUACCUCGCUACGAAAUGCCUACUGGAGCUCGCAAAAAGGGAGUCGACUGAGUUUCCAAUCGGGUCUGCUAUUACCCUCAAGGAUUUUUAUGUCGACAACCUGAUGACUGGUGGCCCGUCGGUUGACGCAGUGGUUGAAAUCAAAGGGCAAGUCACAGCAUUGCUCCAACGAGGAGGAUUUCCGCUACGUAAGUUUGCCUCCAAUAACAAGGAAAUCAUCAACGACGUACCGUUUGAAGACAGAGAAGAACCCAUUGGUCUAGGGGAUUCGACUUAUGUCAAAACUCUCGGACUUAGAUGGUCCCCCUCACAAGAUGCCUUUUUCUUUUGCUACACGGGGCCAUCAGCAACACGUAAACCAACCAAGCGUGCUAUACUGUCACAAAUUGCGACCCUCUUCGAUCCGCUUGGACUACUUAACCCCCUUAUUGUUUCGGGAAAAAUUUUAAUGCAACAGUUAUGGAAAUUGAAGCUUGACUGGGACGAAAGUGUGCCUCAAGACGUUCACACUCAGUGGCGCAAUUUUGAAGAUCAUCUGAGCCUUAUAAACAACAUACAGCUACCAAGGUAUGUACCAAUGAAUGUCACAACUCAAAUCCAUGCCUUUGCAGAUGCUAGUACAAAAGCAUAUGGUGCAUGCAUUUACGUCGUGACUCGGCAGGAGAAGGAAACUACGUCAUCCUUACUUUGCGCCAAAUCCCGUGUAGCACCAACAAAACAAGUAAGCCUGCCACGGCUUGAGCUAUGUGCUACAAUGUCGGUUAACAUUCAUUGUUGGACCGACUCAACAAUCGCUUUGAGCUGGAUACGUGGUGAGCCAUGUCGAUGGACGGUCUUCGUGGCAAACCGAGUGUCAAAAAUACAGCAACUAACAUCGCACUAUAAAUGGCAUCAUGUACCAUCUGAACUCAACCCAGCGGACAUAGUUUCGCGUGGCACAACCGUCGCUGGAAUCCGCGGGAAUCAAUUGUGGUUCCAAGGGCCUCCAUUUUUGAAGACUCCACAAGAGGAAUGGCCCAAUUCUUCUUUUGACACCAUACCAGACAUUCCAGAACAACGAAAACAACGUGUGACAUUGCUGUCAGCACCUCAAGUAGACAUCUUCGCCGAAAAUAAAUAUGUUAAUAGCUACAACAAGUUUCUACGAAUUUUCACCUAUGUAAGGCACUUCAUGUCGAGAACACCAGUUGCGUCGAUAACACCAGAAGAAAUUAACGACACGCUUGAAUUUGUCUGCAGGAGAAUUCAGAAGUCUCAUUUUGGUUACGAAUACAGCAAACUGCAAUUCAAUCAACCCAUCAGCAAAACCUCAAAACUUGCAUCACUUUCUCCAUUUUUGCACAACAAUCUUAUUAGAGUGGGAGGAAGGUUGAAAAACUCAACAUUGAGUUUCGAUGCAAAACAUCCAAUUGUUCUCCCACAUUCCCAUCCAUUCGUCCACUCACUCAUCACGCAUUAUCAUCGCAAAAAUCUUCAUGCUGGUGCACAAACCUUAUUGAACAUUAUACGGGACAAAUUCUGGGUCGUUGGUGCUCGUACGACUAUCCGUCAAGUGAUUCACAGCUGCAUACGGUGCUACCGUCUUCGUCCAAUAGUAACGGAACAGCUUAUGGGGUCACUUCCCACGUGUCGAAUUAUGCCAUCGUAUCCAUUCGAAACAACAGGAGUAGACUACUGUGGUCCCUUAUUGAUCACACAAAGAAUAAGAGGACGACCACCAAUCAAGGUUUACAUCGCGGUGUUCAUAUGUUUCACCACCAAGGCUGUGCACCUUGAAAUUGCACCAGAUCUAUCAACAGCGGCAUUCAUUGCAACCUUUAAGCGUUUCAUAGCCAGGCGCGGGAAGUGUCGGGUAGUUGUGUCCGACAAUGCAACAAACUUUGUUGGGGCAAAUCGUGAGCUACGCGAGCUUUUGCAUUCGUUCACUACCGAAGCGCACAUCGAACGUGUUGAGGAGUUUUGUAGAAACGAAGGAAUCGAGUGGAAGUUUAUUCCACCAAGAUCACCACACUUCGGUGGCCUGUGGGAAAGUGCAGUAAAAUUGGCCAAAUAUCAUUUGCGUCGUGCCAUCGGAAAUAAUGUUCUGACACACGACGAACUCCAUACAAUCGUCUGCCAAGCCGAAGCAGUUGUGAACAGUCGACCUCUGACCCCAAUUUCAAGCGACCCAAAUGAUCUUCGUCCACUCACCCCAGGACACUUCCUCAUCGGCCGAUCUCUGUUAACUGUUCCUGAACCAUCAGUGCCAGUCAACCUAACCAGUACAGGUCGUUCUAAAAUCAUUCAGUACGUCCAACAACAAUUCUGGCAUCGCUGGCAGCAGGACUAUCUGAAGGAACUGCAAAGGCGUUCGAAGUGGAAGACUGCAUCACCCAACAUCAAUGUUAACGACCUGGUAAUACUAAAGGAUGACCUUACACCGCCACUAAAGUGGCCCAUGGGUCGCAUCAUAGCCACACUACCAGGUGACGAUGGCAGA